CAAAGAUAUCCGCCCCUACAAUUGUUGUGUAAAAAGGCAAUUAAGCAUGAUUGCAAACGGCAAAAAUCUUUUUCGUUUUAUUGGCCAACAUUGUAUACUCAACAGAUUGGCUAAGGCACAUCUGAAUAAAACAACAAGCUUAUUGCCACUUCAAUCGAACAGUUUGACAAUUGGUCCUCCCGCAAGAGAAUUUAGCGAUGACAGAAGCGGGCUAAAAAUAUUACCAGACUAUUUAUACAACAUAGAUGAUGUAAUAAACGAGUACAAUAUGGGCCAUACAUCCGAUUGGUAUUCCAAGGCGCUUGAAUAUAAUCUGAAGAAAGGCAAACAUUAUCGCCAAAUGCUCACAGUCUUAAGCUACGAAUAUCUGAUGAAACACCAAGGUUUGGAAAUCGAAAAUACCAAGCUAGCCCACAUUUUGGGCUGGUGUGUUGAAUUAUUUCAAGCGGCCAUCGUAAUCUGUGACGAUAUCAUGGAUGGCAGUACCUCAAGACGUGGUCAAUUAUGUUGGUACAAAUUGCCCGAGGUUGGAAUAACCGCCCUGAAUGAUGCCAUCAUUUUUGAAAACUCCAUUUACGUCUUACUGCGCCAAUACUUUAGAAAUGCGGAAUGCUAUUUAGAUUUAAUGGAACUCUUCAAUGAGAUAACAUUGAUUACCGCAUGUGGACAGAAUAUGGAUAUGUUAGGUUCCAGAAUGCCGGUGAAGUCAUUUACAAUGGAAAUGUAUCGAAAUGUGGCAAUCACAAAAACUGCAUAUUAUUCAUUUUAUUUGCCAUUUGCUUUGGCUAUGCAUUUGGCAGGUAUUAAAAAUCCAGAAACUUUUAAAAUGGCCAAAUGCAUUCUUCUGGAAAUGGGUUACCUCUAUCAGGUACAAAAUGAUGUUCUGGAUUGUUUUGGUAAUCCUAAAAUCACAGGCAAAAUCGGAACUGACAUUGAAGAGAAUAAAUGUUCCUGGUUGGCUGUAGAAUGUCUGAGGCAAGCGAAUGAGGAGCAACAGCGAACGCUUGUAGAUUGCUAUGGAAAGAAGGAUCCCAAAAUGGUCAAAUGUGUAAAAGAUCUAUACCAGACUCUUCAACUUCCAAAGUUGUAUGCCGACUAUGAAGACAAAACUUGCAAUCAAAUAUUGACAAUGACAAAAGAAGCUUCGGAGCAUCUACCUAAGGAAUUAAUUUUACAAAUUCUUAAAAAGAUUUUUAAACGUAAGGAAUAAAAUGUUACUAACGUUAAAAGUAAAAUACAAACUUUUGCAGUAUAAA